AUUGUGGGUAUUAAACAAUUUCUGUUGCCAAGGUUGCCUAGAGUACCGAAAUUAUGCAAAGUCUUCAUCUUUUACUGUCAAAAUGGAUAGUAACAUAAGACAACUACUGGCAGCUACUCAACAAUUUGGAGUGCAAGGAAAGGGAUCUUUCCUUCAUCAAGCGUAUGACCUGUUGAAGAGUGCUGCUGACUCUAAACCAAAUCCAGAUGGCCCUCUGCCAUUCAACCAAGAUCUCUAUGUGCUGUGUGCAGAACUGGCGCUUAAGAAUGAUCUGCCACACAUCACCAAGGAGUGCCUCAAAAUGUUCUUCAUGAAAACUCCACCGUCCAACCAAUUUCUGUGUAGAGCCUACCUAUGCCAUGCUCAGCUGUUAGCACCUUCAUCAGCUAAUGACUCUGCCCAGCUUGAAAAGGCGGUGGUUUACAUCCAAAAGGCAAUCAACUUUGCUAAAGAAAAUCCAAGGUACCAUUUCCUUGUCUACAAUGCUUCAGUCCUCUACUGGCAGUUCUGUCGACCGUUCCUGAAGCUCAACUUCCGACAGUACCUCUCCGUCAGUCUCCAUCACGUCGUCAAGGCGCUGGAUGAUAUUGAAGACAAGGACUACGAGUGGCGAGCCCAGCUUAUGAUAGCCCUCAUUGAAUGUCAUGCAGACGCAGGUCGGACCAAGGAGGCUGCGGAGGUCAGCAAGGCCACUGCCGAGUUCACCAAGACGCACGUCCCACUCCUCUACAAACAAGUUAUAGCUCUCCAGGUUCGUCACCAGCUUGUGGAUAUGACCAAACUUCAGAAGGAUCUCAGAUCAAGCGGUGAACUCACUGUUUAUUUCAAGCUCAUGAGAUUGAGAGUUGCUUUUGAGCAGGGUGAAAUAACCGACCAUUCACCUCAUCUGGAGCGGAUACUGAAGAACAUUGUGCACGACGAAGACUUCUCUCGAGCCUCGAGUUCCAUGAGCGCGGCUAGUGGCAGAAAGACAGCAACACCGACUACUACUGAAGAAAGGAAUAGGUCAUCUGCUUCCGCCCAAGGAUCGGGCGAAGGGUCGAGCUCCCCUUCCAUAGCUUCUAUUAUACGCAUGGCCAACACUGCCAACGAGGUCACUAGUCCAACUGAUGAGCCCGUAUCAUCUGGCGCUAGUCCAACCGAUGAGCUUGUAUCAUCUGGGUCACCAAAACUUGACCCACCUGUCAAGUCUAUUGCGUCUAAAUGGAAAGCAGCUCCCGUAGCCCCUGUCAAUAGGGAUAAAAAAGCGUCAUUGUUACUAGACCUGGCCCGUCUCUGUUCUGAAUACAACCUGCCUGAUCUCCUAGCCAGGACUCUGGAUGCCAUGAAGAACUUUCCUCUCAAGGACAAAGGUGCAUUCUUUGAGAUGGAGUUUCUCCAAUGUGACCUGAUGGUUAGAAACCUACUGGACAAACAGGAAACUUACAACAAGAAUGCAGUGGAGGUUCGUCUGCAUGCCAUAGAUCGUGUAAGCGAGGCCGUCAUGAACGCGGUCCGUCACGGUGAUCCUAACAUCAUACAGGCUGGCUGUGUGACCCUGUGGAAUGUCUGCUUACCUCUGCUACAGUUGAACCUCAGGGGUCAGCUCAGGAAACCCCUCACACUCCUUGCCGAGUCCCUGGAAAAUAUUCAGAGUUUACUGAUCCUGCUGCGGUGUCAGAUGCAUACUGAGUUAGCUAAAUGUGAAGAAGACAUGGAACAGAUACAAGUGGCUAUGGAACAUCUGAAAAAGGCUCUGAGUCUUGAUGAUGGAGGACAUUACCAUGAACGUCUAGAGACGUCUCUUCACCGCCUGGAGCUGAGAGCUGAGCUUUACAAGCCACCAGAGAGACUGGAGGAUCAGGCUGCUAUGAUCAUUGAACAGGCAAGAACAAGUGCUGAUUCUGGAACUGUCCUGAUGAAGCGGUCACUGUUGGUCAAGGCCGGACAGGCCCUGUCUCCGGAUGCCUUCAUGCUGGUCCUAGAGAGUGAGAGAGCACCUAAAGCUGGAGGGCGUGGUGCUGAUUCCAUCAUAGCUCAGCUUGGUGGCAAGGCUAGGAACUUCAAGAAGAGUACUAAGAAAGCCAUUGGACACAUCAAGAGAAUUUGUAGUGAGAAUGAAAGGGAAAGGGCCCGUCUGUGGGGAGACCUUGCCAAGACUGCUCGUAAGCAAGAGGUUUGGGAUAUCUGUCGUGUAGCAGCCCGCUUCUGCCUUCUCUACGACGAUGAUCGCUGGAGCAAACCUCAAUCUCCUUCCAGACCAGAAACACGCCAAGAAAAUUCUAGUGUUGCCAGUGACCAUCCACCCACCUCUGAAACACCAACGAGUCGUAAGAAGUCCCAGAACACCAUUGUUGCUGAACCGGUCCUGGGCUUGUCGGACAAGGAUCUCGUCCGUAUGCUCGCUGAGGUUCAUUUUCUCAAUUCAGAGGCAUUGAUUCAUCUGUUGAGGUCAGAGGAUGUUGAGAUGUAUAACAAACCUAUCCCACCGGUAGACAAGAGAAAGCAUCCCAAAGGAUACAUCCCUAAGAAACCAGAGGAGGACCCAGACUGGAUUGACUAUUGUGACUUCAUCAAGUACCUGACAGCCUCAUCCACCAAGGGUUUCCUGCGGGCUGCUGAACUUGGUGUGACCCUCAACGAAUCCUGGAUUGUGUGCAGCGCUGCUUCGUACUUCUGGAACUACACCAACCAUGUGAUGACUGAGAACAGACACAGAGAGCUGGUUACUCCCUUUACGUCUCUUCUUCAGGCCCUCAAGCAAGUUGGCCAUUCCAGUGAAACAGUCCUUCUGGUGAACCUAUGCAAUGCCUUGGCUGUUGGCCUGAUUCUCCCCUGGAUACCCAACCCUGACGCUGAACCCGACGGGCCCUCCCCACCCCAGGUGAAAGGCAAGGGUGCAAAGGAUCCAGACCCCUCCCCAAGGAAAGCCAAGUCGGUGGCCAGCCAUACCAGCGGCAAGAGUAAGCAGGUGUUGGCAGUGGACCCUGAUGGAGGUACCGACAUCAAACAAGCACUUGAGGUAUGUGACUAUGCCAUAACCGUGACCAACGGGACCAGACCUCUGGACCUGGUACCCAUCGCUAUCCGCCACCCCCUGCUCAUCACGUGGGUCCGUGUCAAACAGCUCCUCAACCAACAGAUCCAGAAGAGUCUUGGCACUGAAGAUGAGAGCAACAUGGAUGGCCAGCGACCCUUAACCCGAUGUAUGGUUGCCUUGGAGAUACUGACACUGAAUGGGAAUGGCAUCAUGGACUUCAAAGAUGCACCGUCUCUCAAUGAUUUGAGUAACCUGGUAGAGCAGUGCCAAUGGCCAGACCCGUCUGUGGAGCUCCAGGUCUGGUCUCGUCUGACCUACCUUGCAUACAAGUCCAAGAACCACUCCCUUGUGAUGCGCUGUGCUGCUAAGGCUAUGGCAUUUGAUGCGGUUCCGAUCAAGCAUCGUAGACUGGACGAGCACAAACAGAUGGUAUGGUAUGAGAUGUUGAGCUAUGCUAGCUGUGUCCUGGGCCAGAGCCAUGUACGUAGCAUGGAUGGAAACAACGCUGUACGCAGAUCAGCAAUGGAAGCAUUCCUCUACAGUGUCAGAUAUGGAAGGAAGGCCAACAACUACGACCUGGUGAUCACCGCAGCAAGACGUUACUGGAAUGCAUGCUUGGUGUUGAUCUCGGAACCCUUGGAACGUCAGCUCCUCAAAGAACCUCUGACGUCCAUCUUAGAGUGCAUCAAUGCUACAUACAAGAAAGAUGUGAAAGUGAAAACUGAUGAUAGUGAUAAUGAGGAUGAAGACGGAGGAGCCCCCACCCCUCGCACCAUGGCUUCCUUUGCAACUUUGCCCUCGUCCACUGUCGACAUCUUAUCUGACCCAGAGGAUGACGUGACCCUCAGAGCUGCUAUCUAUGGUGUCCUCUUUCAGGCUUAUGCUGACCAGGGAGAAUGGGAGGCAGCUUUAGCAGCAAUGGACAAAGCAGUGAAUGACAUGCCGAGAACUAAACAUAGACUGUUGAUCUUCAAGCAUCGUCUGAUGGUGAAGGCACAACUAGGACGGGACAUUCAUGUUGAUAUUGCAAAAUUCAGAGAUGAGAGUGAGGACUAUGUAGCUCUAAUGUGGUACAAGGUGGCUAAAUGUUCCAAGGAUCAGUUUGAGCAGCUCACUGCAUACCAGAAUGCUAUUGAGGCUCUGAGGUCCCCCUCCAGUGAUUGGCAGAAGGUGGAAUACUUGAUGGAGUUUGCUGAAUGGCUCUACCUCAACGAGUUCCCUCUUCAGGAUUGCAUGGACCAGCUAGAAUGGGCCGCUGAUAUCCUUCUUAAUAUGAGGAUCAGGACUCGCAGCGCAAAGAAAAGUGCAGGAUCUGAGAGAGGUAUUAAGAGGAAGAAGUCUAAGAGGUCAUCUAAGGUCAAUACUCCUGUAGAGAUCCAGCAGCCUUCCCCAGCCCCUACAGACAACAAGACAGUCGAUACAAUGGAGAGUGGUGAUGCUGAUGGGAUGAAGGCCGCUCGCUUUGUACCGGUCCAGAAGACCUUCGUCAUCGGUCUCUCCGCAUCCAAUCUGGACUUGAGCGUGGAGGAGAUCACCAGCGCAAAGAUCCUAGAGCACCUUGUACGCAUCCACACCAUGCUGGCUGUGGUUGCCGGGCGUGGCUCCGAUGCCCAUAGCAACUACUGUACCUUGGCCUGGGGCUUUCUCUCCAGACUCAUGCAGGUGUCCAUAACUUCUGCCGGUCAAGUGGCCAAGGAGCUGGCCAAAGCCGCAGCGGCCGGUGAUCAGACGGCUGCUAAGGGAUCCGCCAAGGGGAAGAAAGGAGGAGACAAGGGUAAAGGAGGCAAGGACCAGGAGCCUGUCAAGGAGAAACCCAAGCGGAAGGGACCCAUCGAUGCGGUGCCUACUAGUCCUGAAGAAUGGGCUGCUUAUGAUGUCCCUGAUGAGAUCCGAGAAGCCUUCAAGCAUGACCCGUCUGGAGAGAGUAUUAACAAGGCAUCUAUUCUCAAACCGACAUUGACCAUGUACUAUCUGGAGACCUUAGUGAUGGAACUGAGAGCAUCUAACUUCACCCAUCUUGUCUUCCCUGCACUCAACAUGGCUGAGGUCAUAGCCAGGGACAUUGUCUUCUCUGAGACAUCCGCAAAGACCUAUCGUCUCAUUGCUGCUGAGGUAUGCUGGGAGAUGAACCUGUCUACAGCAGCUAAGUUUCAUGAGGCUGUGGUAGGACCAACAAAUCUCAGCACAGAGGAACAAGCCAAAUCCCGAGAUGAGAUUGCUAAGCUGAAAGAGAAGCAAGCCCAAGUACAGAGAGAGGCCAAGAGGGUGGAUGAGCUCAAAAGAAACAUAUCAGCUGAUAAGACCAAGAACCUUAAACUAGCCAGGACUGUUAUCCAUCCAGACCAAAAGACUGAUAUCGUUGAGGCAGUGAAAGGACUCAAGAAGUCACUGAGUGCUCAGUCUUACAGACAGGCAUGGACACAGCAAGCUGAGAUACUUAUCAAACAGGGCUACUACCAAUCAGCCAGAGAGCUUCUGAACGAGGCAUACCUAGCAGCUCAGGCCUUUGAAGAUACUUGGACCCAAGCUUACAUCCUCCUCCAUCUGGCCAGUCUUGCCAUUGGUGAUGGAGCCAACUAUGGACAGGCAAUCAACCUUCUUAAAGAGGCACAGGCCCUUGAGACUGAUGAGAUGUUUUGGUUGAAGACGACCCUCCUGAUGGUAGAUGCUUAUCUGGGAAAUAUAGAGGAUAGGGAGAGGAGCAACAAGGCUAGAGCUCUCAUCCUCAAGUCUAUAGCAACCUUCACUGUACUGGCUGAAAAGAGACCAAACAAAGCAGGCAUGAUCAACUAUAUCAAGGCUACACUGGACGCUAAAUUUGCUGAGGUGCAGGUAAACCAGGUUCUACAGGAGUGCCGUGAUACCAUGCAACCCAAGGCUCAUAGAGAGCUACAGACGGCUUGUCAGAAGUUUGAAUGCAGCGCCCAGGAGAUGUUAGGAGCUGGAUACAAGAGAGAAGCAAUGCAGAUCAUGCAAAAACAGGCCAAUAUCCUAAGGUUAUUUGCCUGCGAUAGCCAAGACAAAGAGCUACAGCACAAGUUUCUCUUGGAGGCUUACGGUGUGAUGAAGACAGUGGUUUCCAUAGCAGAUGAUCUCAUGAUUCAGAUCCAAACACUGUCUUCUGUUUCUGAGAUGAGAAACGUGAGCCUGCCUGUACAGCGAGAAGCCUGUGCUGCCAAGCUGACGCUGAGUGAGCUCCUCAUUGAUGUGUUUGCCAUCUUUGCUGAAGAGGACAGGAAACACAGGAUUGCAGAAUCUAGGAAAGGUUCUCUUGAGAAGUUGGUUGAGGAGUUUAUUGCAGCCACACCGAUAAUGAGUGAUGUGACCAGGGAUUGGAAGGAACUCACUAGCACUGUAGCAUCUUCUGCUCUGAGUCAGCUGACAGGUGCACUGACUCUAGGGGGCUCCAUACCACACCUCAAGGCAAAGGCCAUGUACAACAUUGGUCGCUGCCUGAGGAUGCUGGGUAUCCAGAGAGGACCAAACCCUCCUAACCAGUGGGACGUACAGUUCAUGAACCUGGUACCUGUACCAGCGGCUAGCAAGGCCCCGCCCCAGCCUACCCAGGGAGAUGGGGGAGAUGGGGAGGAGGAGGAAGCUGAGGCGAAGGUAGAGGAAGAAGAAGAAUUGACUCCGGAAGAGAACAGACAAGCUGAGAAGAUCAGUAAGAUGGUCAACCAGUAUAAGGGUGAGCAGACUGCAUCUGAGUUAUACCUGAGCCAAGCCACUGAAGUCCUUGCACAAUGUGUUCAGCUGGCUCUACAGAAUAACCUCAAGGACAUUGUACGGUCAGCCUGCAUGGACAUCAUCGAGUCCUGCGGCCAGUAUGACCAGGCCAUGGCCUGUCACUACCUUGCCCUGUACCAGUCCUGCCAGGCCUCUGCCUCCCUGGAGGAUGCCCUCACCAGGGCACAGGUGGACCCGACAACCUCCAGACAGGCUAACAUCCUGCACCAGAGACAGCAGCUCCUGGGCCAGAACACAGCCACUAACCAGGGCAUGGGGACAGUCAUGAAGACGGCUUUAGAUGCUCUCGAUACGGAGUCAGAGGCUUGGAAGCGUUUAUCGAUUGCAAACAAUCAUUUGGAGCUGAUAAAGGAACUGCCACCAAACUUCAACAUUGUCAUUCUACAGCACACGGAUGACAGGUCCGUGCUGUACGGAGCCAUUCUUGACAAGCCCAAGGCCGGUGGUGAUAAAGGUGGAAGGUCAAAGGGCGGCGGCUCCUCCCACACCUCUAGGGCAAAGGUCACUCGUAAUCUGGUUGACCCAUCAGCUCUAGAAAACCUCUGCUAUAGGUUCCGUCAGCACAAACAGGAAGUGAUGCAGACCUUACUGAAGGCCGAGUACAGGAGAUCUCAGAAGGCUCAGAGACAGCGUAUGCUGGAAAACCUCUCUGAUGAUAUGAAAGAAGCAGUCGCUGAGUUGGUAGAUGAUCUAGGAGAGACAGAGAACCAUCUUCAGGCUCAGUUUAUCAACCUUCUCUUGACCCUAGAAGACUAUCUCAGACCUAUCACCUCUUACUUAGAACCAGCCAUAAGAGCUCUAGAUACAUCCAACAACCCUCCAGCAGGGCGAGAUGCGGCUAACCAACCCCAGGAUGAAUGUGUCAUCAUCUUAGCUGACCAGUGGCUACUUGAGAUGCCCCUUGAAGCUCUGGCCAUCUUCUCUUCUCCGGCCAUUAGUGCGCUGACCAGAGACUUCUCUCUGCAGAUGCUCUACAAUAGAUUCUACAGGGAACCUGAAGAUGAGAUGUCAGAGGAGAAGAAGAAGAAAGAAGCUGCCAAAGCUAAAGCAGCUAAGGACAAGAACAAAGGGGUCAAGAUGGUACCCCUAGACAGACCAGUACCACCAGGUUGUCUCCCUCUAGAUACACACAGCUUCAAAUAUGUCGUGGAUCCUCACUAUGAUUCUCCUGAAACAGAUGCGAACAGCCCUGUCCAUGUGACCAAGGAAGCCCUACAGCUUUACCAGACCCAGUUCACAGCUAGAUGGGAGGGGUUGAUUGGUGAUGAUCACAUACCAAGUCUGGGAGAGUUUGAAGAGCAGAUGAAGGACUGCAAUGCAUUCGUCUUCUACGGACUUGAGAAGUUUCUAUCCCAACUGCCGCCAUUCAAACUAGCCCCCGUCAACCUAUCAGAAAUCUCUCUAGCAAUCAUACUGGACCUGGUGCAGACCAACCAGAGUUUCAUGCGUCAGUCAAAGAUUGAUGUAGAAAAGAGCAACACUGACCUAUCCCUUGAGAAGCCAGUGGAGACAGCCAUGCUGCUGAGCUUAGCUGGAGCUGGGUGUGUGAUGGCUAACCAGUGGCACUGCAAGCUAGGGGACAAUGCUUCAACCUUCAACACACUCAUGAAAGGUCUUCUGGAGACCGGCCGCACCACCGGUCAGACAGUCCGUCGCAUGUUCAUCCCGUACUACAAGGCUCCAGGAGAGGAGGAGGAAGAGGACGAAGGAGAGGGUGAGGGGGAAGAUGCCACUCCCGAUAAGGAGAAAGAUGGCAAGGCAGGGGGCAAGGCCAAGGCUAGUGCUAAGGGGGGCAAGGGAGGCAAACAAGAGGAGCAAAAGAAGGAGAAGGAUACAGGUAGGAAGAAGAGUGGGUCAAUGUCGGGUCGACCCCAAGGUCAGGGGUCAGCAGCAUCCAGUGGCAAGGGUCAAGAGGGCAAAGGGGAUGGCGACCAGCUUCAGCUGGACUUGUUGAAUCGAGGAUGGUUCAACUUUGUCUGUUAUGGUCUGCCCAAUCUCAUUGUCACUCAAGUCUAAGAAAUUAUUGAAAUUGAAUACAAAAACUGUUUGCUAUGUGUCUUUCAAAUAGGCCCACGAAUAAGACAUUUCUAUGUAAAUAUAGAAUAAGGAAUUUUGCUGUCCAUGGAUUACCCUCUGUUUUUUAAAAUAAGAAAAGUAAGGUAAUAUCCUUUGUUAUUUCUGACUUGCAUGCAUGAAUAUAUUAUGCAAAUUUCAGUAAGUGUUAAACAAGACGGUUUAACAGACAUGAAAGUUCAAGAAGUCAGUUAUUUUGUUCAACAGGAUAACCAUCCCAUCCUACGAUUGUUAUUUUAAUGAAUGAUUGCAAAAACAGGUUUUAUCCUUGCAAGAACAGUUUUUGAAUAUAUAUAUAUAUAUACAUACACAUGUGUUUAACAAUUCAAACUCAACAAUGCUAUUAAUCACCUUUCAUAUAGGGUUCGAUUUCAUAUUUGAAGUUUUGAAAUUGCCUUGCUGUUUUCACAUUGGUUUAAAAUGGAAAGGAAGACUGAAUUAAAAAAAAUUAAAUAUGAGUUUUAGCAAAUGAAUUCAACUGUAUAAAAAGUUAAACUUCACCAUUUGUAAAUCUGAUCACCCUGGUCUUUCAAAAUGUGCUCAUUGAUAUAGUUGAUAUGUUUCUCCUGCUCCAUAAUUAAGGUACCAGCACAUUUCUUGUGAUGAAACCGUUUGAUUCACAUGUUACACAUUUAUUCAUAUUAUCAGUGGUUGUUAUCCAGGUUGUUGCUUUAUAGGAGAACCUUAAGCAAAGUCUUAAAUCUUGAAGGGGAUGUUUUAUGACAAAAAUAUGUAAAUAUUUGGUCUCUUGUACAUUGAUGCGAGAUGAUUUAAGUGAAUUAACUUAAUCUAAUAAUUUCCCUGCUUAAGCAGAAUUACUUGUAGUAAUUGUUUAUUAACUGUAAUUUUGUAAAUGCAUCCAACAUGUAUGUGUGUCUCUAUAAAAACAUAAAUGUAUGAUGCUCCACAAAAAUCAUAUGUGUAUUCUGCACAACUUGUACUUGUUUUUCAUAUUUCAGAUCCGUCCAAUUCAUUAUGCCUUGAUUACUUUUCAUUCUGUUCGAUGUUUUAUUCAAAAUGAUUGAUUUUUGCAUUUUUGCUGUGAUUUUUUUUGUGAAAUAUGAAUUUUCAGAAUAUAUAUCAAAUCCAAUCUUUAUAUCUUUCAUCAA